AUGGUCUUGCCACACGAACCAGAGUUUCAACAAGCUUACGACGAAUUAGUCACUGCUGUUUCUGACUCCACUUUGUUCACUGAACAACCAAAAUACAAGAAAGUCAUUCCAGUUGUCUCAGUCCCAGAGAGAAUUAUCCAAUUCAGAGUCACAUGGGAGAAUGACAAGGGUGAGAUUCAAGUCAAUAAUGGUUACAGAGUCCAAUUCAACUCUGCUUUGGGUCCAUACAAGGGUGGUUUGAGAUUCCACCCCUCUGUCAAUUUGUCCAUCUUGAAGUUUCUCGGUUUUGAGCAAAUUUUCAAGAAUGCCUUGACCGGCUUGAGCAUGGGUGGUGGUAAAGGUGGUUCCGACUUUAACCCAAAGGACAAGUCGGAUGCCGAAAUUAGAAGAUUCUGUGUCUCCUUUAUGAGACAAUUGGCCAGAUAUAUUGGCCCAGACACUGAUGUUCCAGCAGGUGACAUUGGUGUUGGUGGAAGAGAAGUUGGUUUCCUCUUUGGUGCCUACAAGCAAAUGCAAAACAACUGGGCCGGUGUCUUGACCGGUAAAGGUUUGAGCUGGGGUGGUUCAUUGAUUAGACCAGAAGCUACUGGUUUUGGAUGUGUUUACUACACCGCCAAGAUGAUUGAAAAGGCCACCAACGGUAAGGAAUCAUUUAAGGACAAGAGAGUUGCCAUUUCAGGAUCAGGUAACGUUGCUCAAUACGCUGCUUUGAAAGUUAUUGAAUUGGGUGGUGUUGUUGUCUCCUUGUCUGACUCUAAGGGCUCCAUCAUCUCCAAGAAUGGUAUUACCGUUGACCAAGUCAAUGCUAUUGCCGCUGCUAAAUUGAAGUUUAAGUCAUUGGAGGAGAUUGUGCAAACUGAAGCCAAGGUUUUUGGCGGUGACAAUGCCGUUGAAUAUAUUGCCGGUGUCAGACCAUGGACCAAGGUUGGUCAAGUUGACGUUGCAUUGCCAUCAGCAACCCAGAACGAAGUUAGCGGUGACGAAGCCAAGGCCUUGGUUGAGGCUGGAUGUAAAUACAUUGCCGAAGGUUCCAAUAUGGGUUCUACCAAGGAGGCCAUUGAGGUCUUUGAAGCCAACAGAGGCAACGGUGUCUGGUACGCACCAGGUAAGGCUGCCAACUGUGGUGGUGUUGCUGUUUCCGGUUUGGAGAUGGCUCAAAACUCCCAAAGGGUUAAAUGGACCUUGGAGGAAGUUGACGAGAAGUUGAAGGACAUUAUGGAAACCUGUUUCGAGAACUGUUACCAAACUGCAAAGAAGUACUCUACUGAGAAGGGUAACGACACUGCAUUGCCAUCAUUGUUGAAGGGUGCAAACAUUGCCGGUUUCAUCAAGGUUGCUGAUGCUAUGUUUGACCAAGGUGAAGUCUUUUAA